AGUAAAACUGCUCUUCGUUUUGUUGUUGUUAGCAUUCAAACCGUGUCCAGGAAGCGAAACCCUUGCUUGUCUCUCUUUAAGGCAAUAAUAUUGUUAAAACCCCAGGGCGAGCGAAUUAAAGACCCAAAAAUGGACUCUUACCAACAGCAACAGCAGCAUCUCGGAUACAUGAGACCCCCACCACCACCGCAACAGCAACAACAGCAAGUGCCGCCGCCGCCUGCGGAUCCUUACCACUACUAUCACCAGUACCAGCAAAGACCACCGCUCCCUCAACAACCACAAGGAGGCACUUCAUGGUACUCCAACCCUUUCCAAUACAAUCCACCACCACCACCAUCACACUCCGUGUCUCCUCCACUUCCCCAGCAGUGGCCUCCCCCUCCCCCUCCCCCUCCCCCCUCUUCUUCAUAUCCUUAUCCCACGCACCUUCCCCCUCAAAGCCACCACUUCCCUCCUCCUCGCCCCCACGUGCCUCCGCCAACACAACCUCACUCUCAGGAAUGGGGGAAUCCUAAUUGGGAGCAGCACCAAGCUUGGGAAUAUCCAUCAGCAGCAGGACGUAACCAUGUGGAGGAUUGGGCUGCUAAGGCCAGAGCAUGGGCAGCUACCAAAAACGGUGCAUCGGAGGAUCAACAUCCUCAGUCUCAAUUUACAACAGUUGGCAGAUCAGAAGAACAAAGUUGGUACUAUGAUCAGAAUCCACAAACUGUUGAUACACACUAUCAAGGUGUUCAGCAGCAGCCAUUUCCUGCGACAACUUAUCAACAGUUUCCAGUUUCAGCCGCUCCACACCAGCUGCCAGUAGCUUAUCCACAGGAGAAUGCAUCUUUCAACAUGGGGCAACCUUCACAUGUUUAUGAUAGGCCUCAACCUUACCCUGGUGGAGCUGCAACUUCAAAUGCAAGUCCAUCUGUUCAUCAGCAGGAGGUACCUUCUAGUUAUUCUUCUGUUACAGGUAAAGAAGAGACUGGAGAUCCAAAGGAGCAGCUUUACAGAUCAUUGCCUUUGCCCAUUUCCUCUGCUCAAGAAGGACAGCAUCAUCUGCUGCCAUCAUUGCCUGCUAUUGGUAGAUCAGUUUUGACUGAGCAGCCCUUUGCAUAUAGCAAUCAGACAGCUAAUCCCACAGCUGAUCUCAGUAAUCAGCCUUUGGAGUUUGCACCUGGUUUCAAUUGUGAUCAUGAUCCUCAUGCACAAUCAAGUUAUGCUGCACAUCAUGAUUCAGUAGGAACUGUGAAAGGCAUUGGCUCUGCUGCACCCAUGCCUUCAAUUAGUUCCUGGACCCCUGCUGUUACAACUGGUGUAGUUUAUCCUCCAGCUCUUCCACCGGGGCCUCAGGAUCCUACCAUAGUGCCUUCUUCUGUUUCUGGGCAUGCUGCGCCGCCAUUUGGAAAUUUUCCUGGAACAAGUUUUCAGCCCCCAAUUUCACCUGCUGGUGUGCCAUAUGGUCUCGGUGCUGGAAAUGCACUUCAUUCUACUGGAGGCUUCGGAGAUGCAUAUGGGGUUUCUAACAUUUCUGAACGCCCCAAAAAGGCUUCUGUGCCUAAUUGGCUUAAAGAAGAAAUAAUUAAGAAUGCUUCUGUCAUGACGAGGUCCUCUCUUGAACAUCCUAGAGAGGAAAUAGAAUCCAUGGAUGAAGAAGGUGUUGAUAAAUCAUUUGAAAAGGGUAAUCAAGCAGGUAGCAAAAGCAUUGGUUCCCCAAGGUCGACUGAAGAAGAGGAUGAUGAUGAGGAUUAUGUCGAAGCAGCUAGAAGUGCUGCUAUUAACCAGGAAAUCAAACGUAUCCUAACUGAAGUUCUUUUGAAGGUUACUGAUGAGCUGUUUGAUGAAAUUGCAACAAAAGUUCUUGAUGAAGAUGACCUGAUAAUAGAAGUUGAGCACCAACCGGUUGCUUCAAAUCAUAAGGUACCGUCACCGUCACACCCAGCUAUCUCAACUCCUAAGGCUUCUGCAAAGGUUCUAGUUCCUGUUAGAACCAAGGAAUCUGAGAAUGAAGAUGUCAAUGAAAAAUCUAGUUCCAGCUCUCAUGGAAAUGUUUUGGGUCUUGUUAACUAUGCCUCUGAUGAAGAUGAUGAAAUCGAGAGUUCCAGCAUAUCAAAUUCAAGGAAAAAUCCUGUGCCUCAACUGUUGGCCAUUCCAGAGAGUGCUGAAGAUAUGAAUGAUGCAGCUGAAAAUGGCAAUUCACAAGUAGAACUCGGAAAGAACUCUCUAGUUACAAAUAUAGAGAGUGAUCUGAGCAAAACAAGUUCAGUUGGUUCUGAUAAUAAAAUCAAUGGUGCUUUUAGUGAGUUGAGUGAGCAUGCACAUUCCAAGGUUGUUUCUGGAGUUAGACAUGUUGAGAUUAGUGUUAAUGGUGAAAAAAUACUAGAAAGCAAUAACAAGAAUGUGCCCAAAGCUACAAUUGAAGAAAAUGCCAAAAUUGAAUCUGAUCGAAUUGGUGAGUGUGUCAAUGUGGAAAAACCAGUGGCGGAUUAUUCUCAGGCUAGGGAUACCAGGGCGAGACCAGAUCAAGACAGUCGACAUGAAAGUAGAAGUAGUGGGAGUAUGGCAGAUGAGAAGGGGGAUGAUGGUCAUAGGAGACAUGAUGCAAAACAUUCGAGCAAGGAAAAAACAGGUGAUCUGAAUGGUUCAAAAGAGAAAAGGAGAGAAAGAAAAGAUAAGACAGGAGAGAGUGCAAAGGAACCAGAAUCAAGAAGAAGGUCUUCUCGUCCUGAAGUUAAGGAGGACAGGAAAGAUGCAGAAAAACUGCACAGAUCUAGUGUCAAAGAAGAUGCCACCAGAAAGAGAGAUCGCUCAAAGGAAAAGGAGGAAGAUAGAGCAAGACAUAAACCUACCAGUGACUCAAGCAAGCACAAGAGAACACGUUCCUCUUCAAUCAGCAGUAGGGGUAGAAACAGCAAGGACAAUGAUUCAAGUGAUGAAGCAUCAGAUGAUUCUAAGAGGAAACAUUCCAGGAAACGACGUUCUUCACCAUCACCUGUCAGAUCUAGAAGAAGACAAGUAUCGCGGUCACCUCAUAGCAAGCAUUCUCAGCGCAGGCAUUCUCCCUACUCUUCUCUUGAGACCACAAGGUAUGUUUCCAUGCAAUUCAAGAUUAAGAUUGUGUUAGUGUUUCUGAGACAUGCCCAACCAUUUGCUGCAAAGGUGAAAGAAUCUAGUUUCUAGUUUUUGAAUUGCAAUAUUACCUGGUUCAGUAGCUGUGCUAAUUUCUUGCAGGAGAAGGAGAUCAAGAUCCCAAUCACCUGUCAGGCGACACAAAUGAUCUUAGCGAAGGAUUCCUUGGGAUGAUUCAGGCUCUGAAAUGCAAGGCAAUUCUCUUUGAAGGUUUGGGAAGAUCUAAAGAGUCUUAUCUGAAUUCGGGAUCUGGCUUAAAUUCCUUGGCAGUCAGGGAUUAAUGUUUCUGAUACGUCAGUCCCGGCAUGCUUAGGGAGUUUUAACUGGUAAUGGCUUUGAUGGGGUGCUCAAUGGAGGUCCUGUCUGUUCUAAAAUUGUUUCGUGUUAUAUUCCGAUAGCAUGCUGUGGGAAAUUUUGUUGUGCAACAUUUAAGUUUUAGUGCUUUUAUCACUGAACAUGAAAACAA